AUGUCGGACAGCCAAAAGAGCCCAAGUAUCGAGGAUCUGACGCCUGAGGAGGCAAGCCGCAUCAUCCAUUCUCAUCGCAAAGUACGAUACGGUACUGCUUGCUGGCCGUGCCGCCAGAGGAAAGUCAAGUGCGACAACAAGAGCCCGUGUGAGAAUUGCGUCAAGAGGGAGCAUCCGCAGCUGUGCUCCUACAAGCCCAACAGGUCAGCUACUACCGGGAAGAGCGUCUCGACCAGCUCGGAGCACCCUACCUCUGGCAGGAAGAGGUCGCGGUCGCCGGACCGACAAGAAUCCAGAAGCCAAAGUAACGAAGCGCGCGAGGCCAUACGUGCUUACGUGUUUAUAGACCCAGACAACACCGAAACGGCCCGGUAUGUGGGCCAGAACAGCAUACCAGCCCUCCUACGAGAACAAACCUCCGUCAGCGAGCCCCAGGAGGUCAACGGGAUCCGCCAAGACAUGCGCUCCCUACUCGGCCUGGACAAUUCGGCUCCCUUUCCGCUUAUGUCGUCGCGCCAUCUGGACCGGUUGACCUUGGACAUCUCGUCCGAACUUCCCUCCGACCGCGAGGUCAUGAAGCUCUUCCGGACGUACAAGGAAAUACCCCAGCCAUUUUGGGGCUUCGUCAUCGAUAUCGAUGACCUGGAGUCACGCUUGAUGGUUUACCUUGAGGAGCGAGCAAAAAAUGCCAGAUCUUCCAUCAAGUCUACAAAACCUGUAUCGGCCUCCUGGUUGGCCAUACUCUUUGCAGUCCUCGCUGUCGGCUCCCAAUACCAUGACUCUCCUUACCACGUGCGGACGAGGGACUCGCAAAAGUACAUCCAGAUAUCGUUUCACUUUCUCCGGCUGGGGAACUUUCUGCUAAGGCCGAACCUGGACUCGAUCCAAGCGCUGCUCAUGACGAGUUUCGUGUUACUCAACGACAUGAAGGCCGAGGCAUCUUGGGCCUUGCUCGGUCUCACCUGCCGAUUGGCACAGUCACUUGGGUUGCAUAGAGCACAACCACUUGAUGGACGGCAGACCCCAGACGCCGCCAGAAAGGAGAUGGCAAGGAGAAAACUAUGGUGGACUUGUCUUUGGCAUGACACUUUGACUUCCUUGUCUUUCGACCGCUCUCCGAUGACGAAUAUCCCUUGUUGUCCAAUACCAAUGUCGCCGACCGCGAACACCGAAGGAUGGGCGUACCUUGAAGCCAUGUUCAACCUCUGCCAGAUCGUCUCCCAAAGGUUGAAUCCCGAUGCUAUCGCAACUGCCACAUACGAACAAAUUCUCGAUAACUGUGCAGCAGUUGAGAACAUUCGCAGCAAGUUGUCGAUCCAAUUACGCAGCAAGGAGACGUGCAAGUCCGCCCUAGAUAGGCUCCAGCACUUUGCCAUCCGGCUACACACUUCGUUCAUGAUAUCGGUCUGCUGCCGACCGGCGCUGAUAAGACGCGAUAGCAACCAUCUUGACGCGACGCAGAGAAAAUUUUUGGCAGACAGGUGCAAGGCCAAUCUGACCGAGACGGUGCGAAUGUUCCUCGCAAUGCACCAGUUGUCCGUCAUACCGACCCGGUCUUGGGCCUUCACCUACCAUGGCUUAUCCUCGGCCGUUCUCCUGGGUAUCUUGGGCGAGACAAAAGCAGACCCAGAGGUCCGCGAGCUGCAAGGAGACCUUAUCUCAGCCCUCUCAGCGACGGCGGCCAAGGAUCAAACAUCCCCCCAGCCUCACAUCCGCAAGUCGGAUCUUGACAUUGAGCUCUCUGGCCCGCUGUCUCGGGCUCUGGCGGCGCUCAAGAACAUCUACGAUCAUGGGUCCGUGGUAGCCCCCCCGAUCAAGCGGGAAAGCAGUACUUCCGGCCCGGCGUCAGGCGCGCGCACGCCGUUGCCGCAAAUGCAGGCACCCGGUUUUCCCGGCAACGGUGCGCUGGCCCAAGACCCUCGGGCUGUGCCGGCCACCCUGGACCCGCACCAGAACGCGGCAUUGGCCAUGACGGAACUACAGCAGCAGAGCGGCGGUGCAGUGGCCGACUUCUCCGCCGGGAUUCCCUUUUCCCAGACGCCUCCUGUACCCGGUGCGCAGCAGCAGCUCCCUGAUAUUGCUGCCUUUGACCCGGCCAGCUACAUGUCGCCAAUGGACUUGUAUGAUUCCAUUUUCUGGGAAUCACCUGACCCGUUCAAUACCGGAAUGGACGCGAUGAACUUUGACUUUCUCGCCCAUCCGCCUCCUGGGCAACCAACCCAGCAGCAGUUCUAUUUUUGA